UUCUUAUUGUGACAUGUUAAGGCUUCUUGGAGCUUUUACCCGUCAGGAUGUCAGGAUUUUCAGUGUACUGAUGAAAAGUACCAGCUUUGACCUUUUUUUUUUCUUUCUCACUUAGUUUAUUUGACUUUUGUUUUUCAUUCAAGGCAGCAAGUGGAAUCUGCAUGUCGGGGAUAAGAGAAGAAUUCUAAAUACUAAGCUCUGUAGCAGAUUAACUUCAGUCAGAGAUCAACAGCACAACUAAAACAAGUGAAACUCUUGUUGCUGAACAUCCAGUGAAAGUGUGCAAACACUGUUUAUGGGCUGCUUUAGUCCACAUCUUAUAAGACAUGCUGCUUUCAAGUAACUGACUAAUGAUUCGACUUUUCUGUGCUGUGUUCACUCGUCUCUGAUGUAACAGGUUUGAAGGAUCCUGUCAUGAACUUUUCACAUGCUGGCAGGAAUGUCACAGCACUGGUCUAUCGGGACUCGUUCACGACAGCCGUAAUCAAGAAUGUGAUCACGGUGGUUUUCUGCUUCUGCAUCAACUACAUCAACAGCACCCUGGUACACAUAUUCAACAAACAUCAGGUUUUCAAUAUGAACCCUCGAUACAUUCUGUACAUCCAUCUGGUCAUCAAUGAUAUUAUCCAACUGACCAUGUUCAGCCUUCUCCAGGUGCUGAGUUACAUUGUGUUCACUCUCAACGUCUCCUUAUGUAUAGUUAUGCUCAUGACUGCUAUAUUUGCAACUCUAAACAAUCCACUAACACUAGCUGUUAUGGCAGUGGAGUGUUACAUUGCCAUAUGCUUCCCUCUCCGCCACAGCCAGAUCUGCACAGUCAAGAAAACAUACAUAGUGAUCGGUCUGAUAUGGGUGAUCAGCACGCUUUCAGUCCUACCACAUUUAUUUAUCACUUUGGCAACAGAAUCUCUUGCAUUCUUUCAUUCUAGGACUUUCUGUCUUCGGGAAAAUGUUUUCAGAAAACCCUAUCUCUCAGAGAUGAGGAACACAUACAACACAGUGUUUCUGGUCAUCGUUUGGAUCACUCUUUUCUAUACGUACUUUCGGAUUCUUUUUACUGCACAAGCGGCUGCUGCAGAUGCCAAGAAAGCGAGGAACACCGUCCUGCUUCAUGGCUUCCAGCUGCUGUUGUGUAUGCUCACCUUCGUUUAUCAUCUGUUGCUAGAAGGUCUGACAUACUUGUUCCCUGAAGAGGUACUGGCCAUUCGCUUCACUGUCGCAGUAUUUGUUCAUAUUCUGCCUCGACUUGUCAGUCCGGUUGUUUAUGGGCUCCGAGACAAGACAUUCAGGCAGUACCUGAAUAAAUACAGACUUCUAUAAUUAUAGACAAUGAAUAUCAAA